AUGGGUAUCAAUUAUUCUCCAUUAGGUUUCCUACUUUCACUCUUCUUCAUUGUCACUUUUCUUGCACCACAAGUCAAAUCUAGGGCUUUCUUUGUCUUUGGCGACUCUCUCGUCGACAAUGGAAACAACGAUUACCUUAUCACCACUGCUCGCGCUGACAACUACCCGUACGGUAUCGAUUACCCGACCCGUAAACCCACCGGACGUUUCUCUAACGGCCUUAACAUUCCCGAUAUUAUCAGUGAAGCCAUAGGCAUGCCAUCGACUUUGCCGUACCUUAGUCCGCACCUCACCGGCGAAAAUCUUCUCGUCGGCGCUAAUUUUGCCUCCGCCGGAAUCGGAAUUCUGAACGACACUGGAAUUCAAUUCGUAAGCAACUUCAUGAAUUUCUAA